AUGGUCAAACCUCUAACCUUCAAAGGCGACAAGCCUAAAAAACGCAAGCACACGUCGGACUCCUCCGCACCCAAAAAGAAACCUACACUCACCUCCUCCGAAUCCCAACCGCAAUCCGCACCCGCAAUCGAAGAAGAAGACACCUCCACUCUAUCCGACCAAUCCUGGGUGUCGGCCGACACGCCGUCCGAUAUCUCAGGUCCUAUUCUCAUUGUCCUCCGCACAAACCCGCCCACAUGUCUCGCGACGGACGCGCAUGGGACUGUCUUCGUGAGUGAAAUCGAGAAUCUGAUUGAGGGGGAUCCCGCGACCGCGGAACCACAUGAUGUUCGGCAGGUGUGGGUUGCGACCAAGGUGGCGGGGAUAGAAGGGUGGAGUUUGAGGGGGGGAAGUGGGAAAUACCUCACCAGCGAUAAACACGGUAUCCUUUCCGCCGCUGCAUCGGCCGUUUCACGACACGAGAUCUUCUCCAUCAUGGAGUCAGAGAGUGGCGGGGAUGGGUUCUUCAAUGUCGGGACUGCGAGUAGCGAUACUGCCAGCUCCGAUACAUCAGGGGUCAAGAUUGAGGUGCGCGGGGAUGAGACUAGAUUAGACUCGAACGAAGGGACGAAUAUCCGGGUGCGCAUGCAGGCACGCUUCAAGCCACGCAUCCAGGCGAGUAAGGAGAUCAAGGCCCGGGAGAAGAUCGGGCGGAAAGAGUUGGAGGGCAUUGUGGGCAGGAGGUUGGAUGAAGAUGAAGUGCGGAGGCUGCGGAAGGCGAGGAAGGAAGGCGACUUUCAUGAGGCCAUCUUGGAUGUAAGGGUGAGGGGGAAGCAUGAUAAGUUUGCUUGA